AUGUUCUCGAGACAUCGUCCUUCUGAAAGCUUUUCAUCCAGAUAUGGUGCCAACAAGUCGACCAAAGUCAAGAAGUCCUUCAACUCACAGUCCUUCAAUGCAGGACUUCAACGCUCACAGUCAGUGAGAUCACCGAAGAGUGAUCACAGUACACCAAAUUCGCCAGCUUCGUUAACGUCUGCAAUCGUCACCCUGUGUGUCGGCCCUGACCAACGACUCUUUGCUGGACAUGAAGACGUGCUAAGUCGUUCAUCUUAUUUUCAAUCUGCAUUGAAAGCACAGUUCUUCGAGGGUUCUCGUGUCAUCAACUUGCCUGACGAGUCACCCGAAGUACUCUCUGCUGUCCUUGAGUAUCUCUACAAAGGUGAUUACUCUCCGAGGCUAGUACACAACAAGAAGAGAGACACCUGGGACCUUGAGGACACUGGCACGGUCGGGGUUGCAACAGUGAAUCACCAUCUCUCGAAGGUGCCCAUCCUCAAGGAUACUGCGAUCUAUUGUUCGGCUGAUCUAUACGGCCUCGAGGAGCUGAAGAAGUUUGCUCUUCGCAAGCAGGGCCUACAAAGUGGUGUUCACAUCAGUAGCAUCCUAGCUUCAGCUCGAUGGGUCUACGAUCAUACUCCGAGCACCGAGCGUGACCUUCGCAGUCACUAUCUUGCUGUCAUCAUUCGUAACCGCAACAAUUUCAAGAAGAGUUCAACCAUGCAAGCUGAGAUGGAACAAGGGGGUCAGCUCUACUUCGACCUCUUCGUUACGAUGUGCUCGGUAAGUCCUUCAGGCAGUGUAUCGCUAUGA